AUGUACGGGAACGAUCAGUGCAAGGUAAGCGUUGAGGACUUUGAUUCAAUUAAACUCGAAAAGGCAUUCAGGUAUCGAAUGCCCCAGUGCCGGAGCCGAUGGGCGUGAUCUGCGCGGCGGUCUAUCUGAUCGUGAUGUUCGUGUUCAUUCCGAUCCCGUUCCUCGAGUGGAUCGGCCACGAAGCAGAGUUUCCGCACGAGAAGCUGCUCGCCGUCCUCUCCGGGCUCAUCUCCAUCUCGACGGCCAUUCUGCUCGGCUUCGCAGACGAUAUGCUCGAUUUGCGGUGGAGACACAAACUCCUGUUUCCCACUCUCAGCUCGCUUCCACUCCUCAUGGUUUACUACGUGUCUGGUGAGCACUUUGGGCGAGGAAAUGGGUGGAAACCUGGGAAAAGGCUUAAAGGAGAAGUAGUUUAUUUUUCAAUCUAAUGCAGUAGUAAGCCAAACGAUAUGAUUCGUUGAUUCAACGAACGACUUUUGGCUUUUUUAUGAAAUGAAGGCGCCUAAAAGUGCUGAAUCUGCAGGAAACUCGACGACGGUGAUCGUACCGUCGAUAGUCCGUCACCUGCUGCAGCCGUGGAUCCUCCUUCCGAUCACCAUCAACAUCUCAUUCGUCUACUACAUUUUCAUGGGAAUGGUCAUCGUGUUCUGCACAAACGCCAUCAACAUUCUGGCCGGUUUGUCUAUCGCGUGGACUUCUUCUGGAAAUAAAACACAGAAUUUUAGGUGUGAACGGACUCGAAAGCGGACAAUCUCUCGUCAUCUCGGCGUCGGUCAGCUUGUUCAAUGUCGUUCAGGUACUUUUUCCAUUUCAAUGUCCUCAAAAUUCGGCUCAUUUCCGUCAAUUUCGAGCAAGAAGCAGCGAAAUGAAAGCGUUCAACUUUUGACCCCAAUUCCACGAUAAAGAUGCUCUUCAUCGAUAUUUAAAACGAAAAAGUGUUUGCAGCUGGUGCGUCUGGAAUCGGAGAACUCGACGGGCUUCUGGCACCACAUAAUCUCGCUCUACUUCCUGCUCCCGUUCACCGCCUGCACCGCCGUCCUGUUCUACUUCAACAAGGUUCUUUCCUCCCCCCUCUUUCUUCCUAUUUUUUCUACAAUAUCCGUUUCUCUUCAGUACCCGUCGCGCGUGUUCGUCGGCGACACCUUCUGCUACUGGUCCGGAAUGACGUUGGCCGUCGUCUCGAUCCUCGGCCAUUUCAGCAAAACGCUCAUGCUCUUCUUCAUUCCACAAGUACGCCCUUUUCAGAUGGAUCAUCCCAGAAAACUCUAAUUUUAAGAUCGUCAACUUCGUGUACAGUACCCCUCAACUGUUCCACCUCGUGCCGUGUCCCCGACAUCGACUGCCAAAGUACGACCCCAAAACAGAUACGGUACAUUCUAGUGGAGUGUCUCUUUUUUUAAAUCAUUUUCAAGUGUUCAGGUCAGUAUGAGCGUGGCGGAAUUCAAGAAAAGCGAGCUGAAAACGUUGGGAAAAGCGUUUUUGGCGAUUUGUCGAGCGGUCGGAAUGCUCCACAUGGAAGAGUUUGAAAGGACGGAGACAGGUAAGUAUUGGGAAAAUGCUUGAAUUUAUCGACAACUUGCAGUUACGUGCGCAUAA